AUAAUGAACAAUGAAUACAAUAAAAUCGCUUAAAUCCUAAAUUGGAACAAAUUUCAAGAGGAAUUUAAGAACAAGUGUUUGGGUCAUAACUUUAACAUUUGCCUUACUAAUUAAGCCAGCAAAAUGAAUUCUCAUUUUCAAAACUAUUUUUACGAUUUUCUGGAGUUUAAGAAGCACAGGUAACUGGAGUAUAAGAAUUACAUUUAUAAACACCAUUUGUUUAAGUUGCUUCAGCUACAAAAUUGGCUCUCUUAAGCAUACAUUCUAUUUAAGUGAAGGCUGUAUAUUUUGAACAAUCUCCAGUAGAUUCCAUCUGGGUUAAUAGAAAAUGAAAAACGUUUCACAUCUUUCAAGAAUUAUAGAACCACAAGUUUAAUUACUCCAAGAACAAUAUGCUAC